CUGACCCCACGCCGGAAGUCAGCGCCGCCUGCGCCGUCUCUAUGGUGACGAGGCCGCCGAGCCGGAAGUGGGGACCGGGCAGACAGGAGGAGCCCGGGGAAGGCUCCCGGCCAGAUUCCCUGCAGGAAAGGCGAUGGAGAUGAAACGGCUCAGCCUCUCCCUGGUGCUCGUCCUCUUCCUCGUCCUGGCCUUGCAGAUCUUGUCAGCCAUCGAUUUUGACCCGUAUCGGAUCCUGGGCGUCAGCAGGACUGCGAGCCAGGCGGACAUUAAAAAAGCCUACAAGAAACUCGCCCGGGAGUGGCAUCCGGACAAGAACAAAGACCCAGGAGCGGAAGACAGGUUUAUACAAAUCAGCAAAGCCUACGAGAUCCUGUCCAACGAGGAGAAGCGGUUGAAUUUUGACCGUUACGGCGACGUGGGCGAGAACCAGGGCUUCCCGCACCAGCAGCAGCAGCAGCAGGCGUCGCACCGCCACGCACAUCCCUUCCACGAGAGCUUCUACUUCGACGAGUCCUUCUUCCACUUCCCCUUCAACUCCGAGCGCCACCAGGACUCCCUGGACGAGAAGUACCUGCUCCACUUCUCCCACUACGUCAACGAGGUCGUCCCCGAGAGCUUCCGGAAGCCUUACCUCAUCAAGGUCACCUCCGACUGGUGCUUCAGCUGCAUCCACAUCGAGCCCGUCUGGAAGGAGGUGGUGCAGGAGCUGGAGGCGCUGGGUGUGGGGAUCGGUGUCAUCCAUGCGGGCUACGAACGGCGCCUGGCCCAGCACCUUGGAGCGCACAGCACCCCGUCCAUCCUGGGCCUGAUCAACGGGAAGGUCACCUUCUUCCACAACGCGGUCGUCCGGGAGAACCUCCGGCAGUUUGUGGAGAGCCUGCUCCCUGGGGCGCUGGUGGAGAAGAUAACAGACAAGAACUACGUCCGGUUCCUGUCCAACGGGAAGAAGGAGAACAAGCCGCACAUCCUGCUCUUCGACCACCUGCCCCUGACGCCCCUCCUCUACAAGCUGGCGGCCUUCGCGUACAGAGACUACCUCUCCUUCGGCUACGUCUACGUGGGGCUCCAGGGCACCGAGCAGCUUUCCCGGCAAUACAACAUCAACGUCUACACGCCCACCAUGAUGGUCUUCAAGGAGCAGAUCGAGAAGCCGGCCGACGUCAUCCAGGCCCGCCAGAUGAGGAAGCAGCUGAUGGACGACUUCCUGUCCCAGAACAAAUUCCUCCAGGCCUCCCGCCUGACCAGCCAGCGGCUCUUCCAGGAGUUGUGUCCCGUGAAGAAGUCCCACCGGCAGCACAAGUACUGCGUGGUGCUGGCCACGGGCGAGGGGGAGAAGUACGCGGAGGGCUACGAGGCCUUCCUGGCCUUCGCGGUGGCCAACACCAAGGAGACCCUGCGCUUCGUCCACAUCUACGGCGACAACCAGCCGGACUUUGUCCGCACUCUGCUCCAGGGGGACGCCUGGCUCCAGGCCAAGUCGGCUGUGCUGAUCCUGGAGAGACGUACCAACAGUGGGCAGGUGGUCUACAGGGCCCUGGAGGAGCCCUGGACGGGCACGGAGGAGGCCGCCUUCACCCUGCUGGACUUCCUGGACCAGCUGAGGAUGGACGCCACCUUCCUCUCUGCCCAAGCUGUCCUGGCGGACCUGACGGACGAGCUGGCGCCUAUUUUCUUCCUCCGGUGGGCCUACUCGGCCGUGGACUACGCCGUGGACUGCUGGGAGAGCCUCUUCCGCAGCAACUGGCGGGAGAUGAUGCCUUUGCUGUCCCUCAUCUUCUCCGCGCUCUUCAUCCUCUUCGGGACAGUGAUCGUGCAGGCCUUCAGCGAUUCGAGUGAGGAGAGGGAUUUGCCUCCCGCCAAAAAGGAGGAGCCUCCCGCCAAGAGCAGCGAGAGGAACGACAUGAGCUUCCCCAAAGAGGACAGGAUUCCCAAAAAGUUCUCGGUGAAAGUGACGGAGCUGACGGACAUCACCUACACCAGCAACCUGGUGCGCCUGAGGCCCGGCCACAUCAACGUGGUCCUCGUCCUCUCCAGCGCCACCAAGACCCCCCUGCUGCAGAGGUUCGCCCAGGAGGUCUUCACCUUCACCGGGAGCAGCUGCCUGCACUUCUCCUUCCUGUGCCUGGAGAAGCACCGGGAGUGGCUGGAGGACGUGCUGGAGUUUGCGCAGGACGCCGCCCCCAUCCCCAACCAGUACGACAAGCACUUCCUGGAGCGCGACUACGCCGGCUACGUCCUGGCCCUCAACGGCCACAAGAAGUACUUCUGCCUCUUCCGGCCGCCGCAGCCCGAGGAGGGACACUGCGAGGACGAGGCGGCCGACCCGGCGGAGGCGUGGGGCAGGCCCUCUGCCUCGGGCGGCCCGCGGAGCGUGAAGGGCAAGCUGCAGCGGCUGUCCUUCUGGAUGGAGCGGCUGCUGGAGGGCUCCCUGCAGAGAUUCUACCUCCCCUCCUGGCCGGCCCUGGACUGAGACCCCCAUCAAAGUCCCCCCAGGACGGCCCAGAGGCGGCUGGGUUACUCGGAAGGAGGGCCCCACCCACCCCCCGGAGCCUCUGGGGGGCCCCAUAGACUCUGUAGCGUUUAGAUGACCUCUUCUAGGCCCGGUGAGUUAGAAACCGCCUCCUUGCACUCGGGGCCGCCUGACCAGGAAGGAAGGGGCUACCUGGCCCCAAAGAGCCCGGACUCUCUCAGGGGAGCCUGGGGGGAGGGUCUGCCUCUGCCUCCCCCUCCCCCUUCCCCAGCCUUCGGAGGGCCUGCAGGAGCCGCUGCUGCUGUCCGGACCCUUGGCCCACGGAUUCUUACGGCUGCUGCUCCUCCGAAGAUGGGCUUUGUGGUCUCUGCAGACCCUCCACUGGUGGCUCCUCCAGGCCCGGCCUCCCCCUGCAUGCCCCGGGCCUGUCCCCCCCCCCCCUCUGCCCUCCCUCUAGCCGCUUCUGCCUGGUCGGCUCUUCCCUGGCAGGGGGGGCUCCCCUUGAUUGGAUGACAGGACCGGCCACCUAAUUGGGGGGUGGGAAGGGGGUGCUUGCAAGCCCCACCCCGCUCUCCAGUCGGGGGGGGGGGGAGCUGCAGAAUGACCCCAGCCGGGUCCCCCAAGGAGACCCAGGGGCCCUUCUCCUCCUCCUUCCUUCCGCCUCCUCCAUGGCCGUCUAGUCCAGAGCCAUUAGCCGGCUGCUCUGCCCCUUUGUGCCCCCCCCCCUCCACGGGGAGAGGCUGGAGGGUCCUGGAUCUUGUGCCAGUUGGGCAGUGGCCCAGGGAGAGGGGGGGUUCGGGGGUCUCUCUUGUCCGCCAGGCUCCUCGUGGCUCCAGCCGCCCCCCCUUCCUUCGGUUGCUUUUGUUUACAAUGUUGUGCAGCUGCCUCUUUCCUCCUUGGCCCCCCCUUCCUUCUGGGGAGGGGGCAGAGCCCGUGUCUCUCUUGGGGAGGGGGCUCCUCUCUGUCCUUUGAGUUGACGUCUCUGUGUCUAGAUAGAUUGCCUGGAUCAGAUGGGGGUGGGGUGGGGGGAGGAGCCGAUGGGAGCUCCGCCCUUCCUUCAGGUGCUUUCUCCAGGCAGGGGGGCCUUUCACAAUCCCCCCCCACACACACACACACAAGCGGCUGCGGGGGGGGGGGUCCUUUAUGGUGGGGAAACUGAGGGAAAGGGGGGGGCACCCUUGCAUGCCUUGUCUGUGGCCUCCCAGCUGCCACCAUCCUCUGCCUUAGGCUGCCCCAAAGGGACCGGCUGGAGGGGAAGCGGGCACAGAGCUGGCUUUGGGGGGGGGGGGAGUCCCCUAUUCCCCCCCCCCCGUGAAGGGAGGGACUGAUUUAAGGGGGGGGGUCUUUGCGUGGAAAGCAGCAGGUGGGAACAGGUGCCUUUAGGACGGGAGGGGUGGAGGGGGGGCCUUUAGUGGGCAAGAGGGCUGACCUGGGCACUCAGACGGAUGGUGCCAAAGCAUCUCCCUUGCCAAGCGAUGGCGAAUGUGACUCUGAUGUAGCGGGGGCCCCCUCCCCCCUCCCUCCCCCCAAGUGGCCUGCAGCCUUCAGUUGCCCCCCCCCCUGCGUUGCCUCCCGUCUGCUGAAGGGGAGGACCCCCCCCCCCAAAAGAGACGCUGCCAUCCGGGCAGGGGAGUCGCUUGGAGGGAUGGCCAUGAGUUUUGCACUUUUGAUAGGGGGGGGGAGGGAAGGGGGGAUGUCAGGUAAUAAUUUAUUGCUCCUCUUUCCUCCCCCCCUUGCCCCUCCCCCCUUUCCGGGUACCUGUGAACAAGCCCCACCUUCAACGGGGGGGGGGGGUGUUGCUUGGCUUGAAGACUCAAAAUCAGUUUGAAGCUGAAAUAAACUUAUUUUAAUGUCUGGCCACAA